AUUGUGAUUGAUCAAUAUUUGAUAAUUGUAGAUUUACAGAAUCAAAUAAAUGAGCUAAAAGGCUUAAUAGUAUCGUUAGGUAGAAGCAAACAAGGAGAAAUUGAACAAUCAGAUGAUUCUGAUAAUAUUGCAAAUUCAUCAAAGGCCAUAAGAUACGAUUCUUCAAGAAAUAUUACUAAAAAAGUAGCAAAAUCUAAUCACAUUCAAGUUAGAUCUGACAGUUCUGACCAAAGCAAUUCUGAUCAUAAUGAUAAUAUAAGCUAUUCACCUUCCUCCUCUCCAUAUCGUCAAUAUUUACAUUACCAAGAUAUGGAUAGAGAAUUGCAAAAUACAUUACGAGUAUUGAAUAAGAAGACUUUUCUGGUUGUUGAUUCAGUUUUAUAUCAUAUAAUUCAUGAAAAAUAUCAACAUGGUCGAGAAGAGCAUACAAAUCAGGAAAGAGAAACUGAAUGGAUAAAUCAAGAAAUAAAAAGAAAAUAUACA